AUGGCGGCGGCUGAGUGCGUAGCGGCCAUCGUUUGGGGGCGCGAAGGCGGAGCUACCUGUGAGGAGGAGCCGGCCGGCGAGCGCGUUUCGGGUCGGGCCGGGGCCGAGGUAGGGUUGGUCCGGAGUAGCCCUAGGUGCGAGAUCGGGGCGGAUCUCGAGCAGAAGAUUGCAUCUAGGGAUUCGAGCGUCUCGGCUUUGGAGCAAUUCAAGGCCGCCGGCACCGACCGGUAUAUGAAGGAAAGGAGCAGCAUCGCCGUUAUAGGUCUCAGUGUUCACACGGCACCGGUUGAGAUGCGUGAAAAGCUCGCUGUUCCUGAGGCGCAGUGGCCUCGUGCCAUUAGUGAGCUUUGCAACUUGAAUCACAUAGAAGAAGCUGCAGUUCUCAGUACCUGCAACAGAAUGGAGAUUUAUGUAGUGGCCUUGUCUUGGCAUCGAGGGAUCAGAGAAGUAACAGAUUGGAUGGCGAAGACUAGUGGAAUCCCUGCUUCAGAGCUCCGUGAGCAUUUAUUCAUGCUUCGUGACGGUGAUGCCACUCGACAUCUAUUUGAAGUGUCUGCAGGUUUAGAUUCUCUCGUUCUAGGAGAAGGCCAGAUCCUUGCGCAGGUCAAACAAGUUGUUAGAGUCGGUCAAGGGAGUGGAGGGCUUGGAAAAAAUAUUGACAGGUUGUUCAAGGAUGCAAUUACUGCUGGAAAGCGAGUUCGCAGUGAAACCAACAUUUCAUCUGGUGCUGUCUCUGUAAGCUCGGCUGCUGUCGAGUUGGCUUUAAUGAAGCUACCAAAAUCACAAUCUGUGUCUGCUAGAAUGCUUGUUAUCGGAGCUGGUAAAAUGGGGAAACUUGUGAUCAAGCAUCUGGCCUCUAAAGGCUGCAGAAAGGUUGUAGUUGUUAACCGGUCAGCUGAAAGGGUUGAUGCCAUCCGUGAGGAAUUGAAAGAUGUUGAGAUAGUAUACAAACCUCUUGAUGAGAUGAUGUCCUCAGCUGCUGAAGCAGAUGUUGUAUUUACAAGCACAGCAUCAGAAACACUGUUGUUUUUCAAAGAAAAUGUUAAACUCCUGCCUCCUGUAAGUGAUGAGGUUGGUGGGGUGAGGUUUUUUGUUGAUAUAUCAGUUCCUAGGAAUGUUGGGUCUUGUGUUUCUGACCUGAAGUUGGCACGAGUGUACAAUGUUGAUGACCUUAAGGAAGUGGUGGAAGCCAACAAAGAGGACAGACUAAGGAAGGCAAUGGAAGCUCAGACUAUUAUCACCCAGGAGUUGAAGAGGUUUGAGGCAUGGAGGGACUCAUUAGAGACUGUCCCUACCAUCAAGAAGUUGAGGUCUUAUGCUGACAGAAUUAAGGUUGCUGAACUCGAAAAAUGCUACCAGAGAAUAGGAAAUGAAGCUCUCACAAAGAAGAUGAAAAAGGCUAUCGAUGACCUCAGCAACAGCAUAGUGAACAAGCUUCUUCAUGGCCCAUUGCAGCAUUUAAGAUGUGAUGGUAGUGAUAGUCGUACUCUUGAUGAGACACUUGAGAAUAUGCACGCUCUCAAUAGGAUGUUCAGUCUUGAUACAGAUAAAUCAAUUCUUGAGCAGAAGAUCAAGGCCAAGGUGGAGAAAGCUCAAAACUGAAGAUACUGUGAUAUUUCUUUCAUCUGCACAUAGAUCAUUGUCCUCCCUGAGGUUGGUCGAAGUAUCUGCAUAUCUCACUCCUUGUUUCUCCACUCAAGCUGCCAGAUGAAAUAAAGGAGGGCUCAUUCAGCUUCUCGUUGAGUUCAUCAAAGUAUAUAGAGGGAUGGUAGAGGCUCUUUCUAACUCCAUGUCUAGUUCUGUCCAUUAUAUUAUGUGGUCAUUUGGUUUUAUGCAAUCAGUAAGUCAUUUGAACUAAUCUGUCUGAGAUUGGCAUCUGUUCACAGAUGGAUUGAUGUAUUCUAUCUAAAUCAUUUUCAACACCAUAAAUUUUGGUAAUAUUUUUAAUCCAGUGGUCUCUUUGUGCUGUUA